UGCCAUUCACCGACGACAGCUUGCAGAGUACGUCCAAAUUAGCCCUCAAUUGAGCAAAGAAAGCGAUUAUUUAACCAUAACAUAUACGUCGAAAUGUUCCGGAGAAAACUGACAGCACUAGAUUAUCACAACCCCGCUGGAUUUGACUGCAAAGAUGAGACACAGUUCAGAAACUGCAUCGUGUGGCUGGAGGACCAGAAGAUCCGACAUUAUAAGAUAGAGGACAGAGGAAACCUGAGGAACAUCCCCAGCUCAGACUGGCCCCAAGCCUACCAGAAGUACCUGCAGGAUGUGAGCUGUCCGUUUUCAGCUCAGGAGAGACAGGAGGCUUUAGACUGGUUGCUGGGCCUGGCUGUGAGAUAUGAAUAUGGAGACAAUGUGGAGAAAUACAGGAAAUGUGAACCGCUGGCAGCCGCUGCAGUCGGCAACAAAUCAACAGACCCUCUCAUCAACCUUGACAGCGACUCUCCUGAGUUCAAAGCAGGAGUGACGGCUCUGGCCAACAUCCUCAAGAUACAGCGGCACGACGACUACCUGGUUAUGCUCAAGGCUAUUCGUAUUCUGAUCCAGGAUAGACUUUCUCCAGAAGCAAUCUCUAAAGCUAGCCAGAAUAAAGAGGGUAUCCCAGUCGCUUUGGACAAGCACAUUUUGGGAUUCGACACUGGAGAUGCAACUCUAAACGAAGCGGCCCAGAUCCUUCGCCUCCUGCACAUCGAGGAGCUAAGGGAGCUCCAGACUAAAAUCAACGAGGCUAUUGUCGCUGUUCAGGCCAUCAUAGCUGAUCCAAAGACGGACCACAGGCUGGGCAAGGUCGGCAGAUGAGAGCGGGGAUGAAGAAGAAAGCAAGGGACUUAACCACAGGAGUUUACUUUCUAAAAGGAGAAGCCUUCAUUUGAGUUGGACAUAAAUGAGCAUUUUUUCAUGAAAUGCAUGAGAUUAGACCGUUUUAAUUGGAAUAUUUUGAGGAAAUAUGAGCAAAUGCCAAGUUUUCAGAUGCAAUAGUUUAUAGUUAUUUCUGCUGCAAGUCCUUGUUUUAAUCAGAGACAUUGGUUAAACCUCCUGCUCAACUCACCUUUCUUCUGAAGUAUUCAAACUGACAGUUGCAUUUGUAUUUUUUUUGUCUUAAAGAUAAUUGUGUUUUUCUGCCAAUGGAUGACAGGUUUAUUUUGAAAUUGUUUACAUUUAUGCUGUGUGGGAAAAGAUAAAUACAGCUGAAGCAA